UUGUUGAUGGAACAUUUCUUACUGGGAAGUAUAAAGGAGUGCUACUCAUGGCGAGCUCAUUUGAUGGACGAAAGAAGAUUUUUCCAAUUGCAUUUGCCAUAGUGGAGAGUGAGAAUACUGAUAGUUGGCCAUGGUUCAUAAGUCACGUUCAGGGUUUGACUGAUCGAAAUGAUGUAUGCAUCAUGUCAGAUAGACAUGCAGACUCUAUGAAGCCAUGAAUAACAUCGGAAGAGGUUGGGAGUGGAGGUGGUGCAUGCGACACUAUGCAAGCAAUUUGCAAAGGAAGACUAAAAGCAGAAUUAUGUAUAAUCAACUAUUUCGAGUCGGUAAGCUUUCUUCAUAUAAUUUUGUUACUUGUUUUCAUGUAAUUUUGUCAUGAAUUUAUCUAACCCGUGUGGUGGUUUAUUUUAUUUUGUUAGCCGGAGAAAAACGGUUAGAGAAGUUUGAUCGUCAAGUUGAGCAAUUUAAGAAGGUGGCCGCUGAUAGAAAUAUUUCAUGUGAUAACUGGGUGGAUCAACAUCAGAUUCAUUGGAGUUUAGCACACGAUAACUACAAUGGUGGGCGUCGUUGGUCUAUCCUGACAUCCAACAUGGCAGAAAGCGUCAAUGGUAUUUUCAAAGGUAUUCGUGCACUUCCUAUAGCUUCUCUUGUGCAACAUACCUAUUGGCGAUUGGUGGAGAAAUUCGAUAAGUACAGGUUGGAGACAGGAGCAGAAAUUAGAAGUGAUCCUUCACAGUACUCCACCAAGUGCGAAGAGCUGAUGAAGGCGUGGUCACAAAAGGCAGAUGGACAUUCUGUGACAGCUCUUGAUCGACGUCAAGGCAUCUAUGUAGUUCAGACUCCUCCCAACAAUUUCAACAUGACGGGGUCAAACACACUCACAGUGCACUUUGACGACCCCAACCGGACGGGAUUUUUCACCUGUGGUAAAUUUCAAGGAAAUAAGAUUCCUUGCUCUCAUGCCAUUGCAGCUUGCAACCGAAUGGGUACUAAUGCGUAUAGGUUUGUCAACAAUGUCUACAAGCUGGAAACAGUGAUGGCUUGUUAUGGGACAAGUUUCGCACCUCUUGGUGAACCUAAGGGUUGGAAGAAGCAUAAUGACCCUACUCUCCAUCCUAAUCUGGACAUGAUUAGAAAGCCGGGGAGGCCAAGAUCAACACGAAUUCACAACGAGAUGGAUUGGCCAAGGGAGGGUUCAUCACAGCAAGUGUGUAGCAGCUGUAACCAAGCGGGACAUAAUGCAUCAACCUGUGGUGGCCAAGCAAGUGGGAGUGGGAGCAAUCGAAGAGGGAGUGGUGGCCAACGAAGUGCGAGAAGUGGUAGAAGAGGAGGAAGUAGAGGGAAUAGACGUGGCUGAGAAGUUAGUUCGAAUGUAGCAGUUGUUUUUCUUUCUAUUUAUCUCGCAGAAGUUGUUGUUGUUUGAAGUUGUUGUUUGGAGUUGUUGUUUGAAGUUGUUGUUUGGACUUUUAUGAACUGAACUAGUUGUUGAUGUUUGUUGGUUUUAUAUUUAAAGUCUCAAUUUAGACAAUAGCACUAACAUGAAUUAGUCCGCAUGAGAUUAAAAAUAGUCCAAAAUAAGUACAUAACAAUAAAUAGUCUCAAGGAAGUACAUAAUAAUAAUGCAUAGUCACA